CGCUCUCGAAUCUGGUUGUGUCCCACUACAGCUUUCACGUCCAUUCCUCUUCAUGCAGCUCAUCCAUUUCAAACAAAGGCAGAUCGGUCUGGGAAGGAGCCAUGCCUGGAGGAUCUCUACAUCUGCUCUUACACGCCGACACUUUCUGCUCUGUUCAGGUCUAGACAGUCGAUGAAGAAGCGCAUGCCUCCGUCCUUUGUGGCGACCGGACAGGGUCAAACGGGUGCACGGAAAGGCAAGGCACUCUUGGCUGUCGGACAGCGAGCUCGAGCUUGUCCAUAAGCUCGUCCCUGCAAUGGUCAACCGCACCACUAUUUCUGGCGGCGCAGCCACACGAGCAGGUGCACUCGAAGUUUUGCAGCAGAACACCUGGGUGCACCUUGCUUGUCAUGGCAAGCAGGACCUCAAACAGCCUUACAAUUCGCAUUUUGUUAUGAGAGACGAACAUUUGACGUUGCUCGAUAUCAUGGAGAAACAUAUUCCGCAGGCCGAGACACCCGACGAAGUGAUCCACCUCGCAGUUGGUAUUCAGUUUUCAGGGUUCAAGAGCGUCGUUGGCACGCUGUGGGAGGUCCACGAUCCUGUCGCGAAACACGUCGAAGCUUUUUACAGGUAUAUAUUUGGAGAUUUGAAGGAUGGUGGUGUCGUGGACUGUACGAAGGCAGCCUGGGCAUUCAACUGUACUACGCACGCCGUGAAGACGAAAAUGCCGCUCGAGCAGAGGAUAGUUUUUGCUCAUAUUGAUAUUGGUGUGUAGUUCUACCUCGUAUUGCUGUCGUCUGGUACAUAUUUACAUGCCCAUCACACAUCCUGAUAUCAAACUGCAUGAC